AUGUCCCUCGCCGAUCCAGCGACCUCCGCCCUCCUCACAACCCUCAGCACAACCCCUCACGCCUUCCUCCAACCUCCAUCAACCCUCCACAUCUCGGCUCUAGCGCUAGCUAAAAGAUUCCUCGACCCUCUUGCCGCCGGUGUCUCGGACGCCCAGACGCAGCGCCAGCGGGAAGCGCGUAAGCGCAAGCGUGGCGCGGAUGGGGAUGAGGUACCGUUGCGGCUGAGGAAGGUGCAUUUGGAGGGCUUUGGAUUUGAGCAGGUUUGGGAGCAGGCGAGGAGGGUGUUGGAUGCGAGUCGUGGAGAGGUGGAGAGAGCAUUACCUGAGAUUGAGGAUGGGCUGGUUAAUGGCGAAUUAGAGGGGCCGCUGAUGAAUGGUCACGCGGGUGACGAUGGUUAUGAGGAUGUUAAGAUGGUCCGGUUCGACGAGGAUGGGUUCGAGGUUAGUGGGUCUGAGGAGGAGGACAAUGACGAUGACGUAAGUCUGGGAGAAGAAGGUGUAGAUUGGGAGUAUGACGGCGAAGAUGUAUCCGGGGAUGAACAUGUUGACGGGCUGGAGGAUGAGAACGGAGAGCCAGCCGCGGAUGGAGAGAACUUCGCCGAUGAUGCGGACGAGCUUGCCGAAGACGAACCAUUCGACGAAGAACCCGCUGAAGAAUACAAGCCCGAUACAUUCGGUUUGAACGAUGGCUUCUUCUCCAUCGACGAUUUUAACAGACAGUCCGAGUUCCUCGAACAACAAGAUGCUCGAGGCGACCCCGACGAUGGCGCAGCAAGCGACGAAGAGGACAUUGAUUGGGAUGCCGAUCCGUUAUCCGCGGGUCCAGGAGGUAGCCGUGCUCCAACCAAAGACAAAGAUGUUGACGUAGAAGACGAGGACGAGGAAGACGGCCCGACUUUCGGCAACGUCGACCUCAAUGCACCCGAAGGCGCCAGUGACGACGAUAUGGACGACGACGAGCUCGAAGCAGGCGAGAUGGAUGACAUGGGCGGCCUCACAAACACGAACAACAUCAUGUACGCCGACUUCUUCGCGCCACCCGCCCGCAAGGCCAGCAAGAACAAGAAGAAGCGUGGUCGCCCCAACCCACAUAACUUCCCAGACGCAGCCAACGGCGUCGCCGCCACCAACGCGGAAGAGGCCGAGGACGACAUGGAACGCACGAUGUCUCGCGUCCAGCGCGACCUCUUCGAAGACGAAGACCCAGCCGAAUCCGAAGACGAGCUGGAGAACCUCGAUCCCUCGGAUCCUAGAUCCCGUCGCUCAAACCACGAACGCCGCCAAGCUGCCCUCGCGACCGAGAUCCGCCGCCUCGAAGCCGCAAAUGUCGCAAAGCGGGAAUGGGUCCUGGCCGGUGAGGCGCGCGCGGCUGACCGGCCCGUGAACUCGCUCCUGGAGCAAGACCUUGAGUUCGAGCGCGCGGGCAAGCCGGUCCCGGUUAUCACGCAGGAAGUCAGCAACGACAUCGAGGCGCUGAUCAAGCGGCGAAUCCUCGCCCGCGAAUUCGACGAGGUGCGCAAGCGGCGACCGGAUGAGGUUCUGGCGGCCAGUACGCGGAGAGGCAGGUUCGAGCUCGAUGACACGAAGGCGAGCAAGGGGUUGGCGGAGGAGUAUGAGGAGGAGCACCUCAAGCGCACAGAUCCGAACUACGUGGACAUCAAAGACGAGAAAUUGAGGAAGGAGCAUAAGGAGAUUGAGGCAUUGUGGAAGGACGUCUGCGCUAAGCUUGACUCGUUGAGCAGUUGGCACUACAGACCCAAACCCGCAGCCGCGAGUCUGGAAAUCAGGACGGAUGCACCUACCAUCUCAAUGGAAGACGCAAGACCUUCUGCUGGUGGUGAUAUCGGAGCGGCGAGUCAGCUGGCGCCGCAGGAGGUUUAUAGGCCGGGCGAAGAGAAGGAGAAGGGGAACGCAGAGGUAGUCACGAAGGCCGGAUUGCCUGUUGCAAGGGAGGAGAUGAGCAGGGAGCAGAAGCUCAGACGGAGGAGGAGGGAGAAGGAAAGAAUUAGGAAGGCGGGUGAGAACGAUGGGGAAAAAGUCGAGAACAAGAAGGCAGCGGAGCAGAAGAACGUAGUUGGCGACUUGAAGAGAGGUGGUGUGAGGGUUAUUGGCAAGAAGGGUGAGCUCAGGGAUAUCGACGGCAAAGCUGUCGAGGGACAGCGGGUAAGGGCUGGGGGCGGGAGCUUCAAGCUGUAG